AAAAUAAAUUUAAAAUAUCAACGUUGUCACUUUCUCUCUCUUCGUCGCACACACACUCACACACACAUCAACACACCUUGUUUCUCAAAGUUAUUUAUAGAGAUGGGGGACUUUCCAAUCACACAUAUAUAGAUACAUGGGGAGUGGCUAUUACAACAGUAAUGUUUACAUGUGUAGGAAGUUUCUUAUUCCAUUUACUCAAAAGCCUGUGUAAGCAACUGGUACUUCGAAACUUACUGUCGGACAAGUUUACCACUGUUUCUAUACAUCUCAUAGUUUUGUGCAGUUUGUGGAAAUUACAGUUGUUGCUAGUAACACACUUUUUCGCCUAAAAUUUUCACUGGAUAUAACUAAUAAUUAAUAAUACUGACAGAAAACAAUGGAAAAUCUGAAGACAACAUCAGGGGACCUAUGUUAUGAAAUAGGAAGAUUGUCGACAUUCUCUGAAGAUAUUCAACAAAAACUAACAGUUACAGAGGUUGCUGCAAAUGGUUAUCAUUAUGAUAGCACAGAAGGGAAAAUAAUGUGCUAUUUCUGUGAACCUGUGCUGGAAUUUUCAGAUUCCAAUUUUAAACAUAAAUAUUUGUGUAAACAUAAAGUUGACAGUUCUUCAGUUUAUUUACAUGGUGAUACAGAUAUUGAAAAUGCUGCAGCUUUUAAUGUCCAAAACACUGAACAAGAAACUGAGGCUGUAGUAACAACUAGUACUGAAAAAGUUAUUAAUUCAAAUAAAAAUGAAAUGCUUGAUAUGCAAAAAAGACUGGAUUCCUUUAAAAAUUGGAACAAAAGCGUGCCAGUAACACCCACAGAUCUUGCCAAGAAUGGAUUUUAUUACCGAGGUUAUGGAGAUGCUGUUAAAUGUGCAUACUGCUCUGUCCACCUGCGCAACUGGAAAGAAAAUGAUAAUGUCCAUGACGAACAUACACGUUUUAGUUCGAAAUGUCCAAAUUUAGAAUCUUUUUUGAAAACGGGAUUAAAAUCUGAACUGAAUCGGAUAAAAAGUUUUGUCAAGUGGACGACAUCUUACCCAUUAAAAGCUAAAGAUUUGGCAGCUAAUGGAUUCUACUACAAGGGGCCUGCAGAUAAUGUCUGUUGUAUAUUUUGCAAAUGUGAAAUCAAAAAUUGGAAAGCUAAUGAUAAUAUUAAAGAAAAACAUAGGUCAAUUUCUCCGAACUGCCCUUUCUUGUGUGAGAAAUUGGUAGGUAACGUACCAAUACCAAAUCAGAGUAAUAAAUUUGACUCUCCAAAACAUCCACAUUUUGCCUCAUUAAGUGAACGUCUUAAAACAUUUUCUUCAUGGCCAGAGAUUAAAAAUCAAAAACCUGAAUCUUUAGCAGAUGCUGGGUUCUUUCAUAAUGAUUACAUUCUUCUCUUAAAGGUGACGGAUGCUGCUUUUCAAGUUCGAAUGGAGUCUUUUGAAACUGACACAAUGGGUGAAUUUAGGAAUAUGGAAGAUAACACAACUACAUCAGGUACCUCAGCUUCAGCUUUCCAUAAACCUAAACUAUCAUAUAUGGAAACACCUACAGUUCUGGCUGUUUUAUCUAUGGGCUAUAAACGAAAUUUAGUCAAAAGAAUUGUGAAAAACAAAAUCAAAGAAACAGGAUCUUGUUUUGCACAAGCAUCAGAUUUACUUGAUGCAGUCGAGAACAGUCCUCAUUUGAAUGGUGGUGAUGAUAUUGAGGAUGUAAGUGACAAAGAGGAGCCUGUCCAGACAGCAAUAAAAAAUGACUCUGAAAUGUCUGCUACAGCAAGUGCUGAUUUAAUUGCAGAGAAUACUAUGCUAAAAGAACAAAAGCUUUGUAAAAUCUGUUUGGAUGAAGAACUGAGUGUGGUAUUUUUACCAUGUGGCCAUUUG